AUGACUCCUGGAAAUGGCCGUAAUUUCAACUGCUCUUGGACGCAUUGUGACAAGUCAUUUAAUCGCAAGUCCGACCUCUGUCGCCACUAUCGGAUACACACCAAUGAGCGGCCCUAUCAUUGCACGGUGCAAGAUUGCAGCAAGACUUUCAUUCAGCGCAGCGCUUUGACAGUCCAUUCGCGGACCCACACCGGCGAGAAGCCCCAUAUUUGCGACCAUGAGGGCUACCAGAAAGCCUUCUCAGAUUCUUCAAGUCUGGCCCGUCAUCGGCGAACUCAUACGGGCAAGCGACCAUAUAUCUGUCAAGAGCCUACUUGCGAACGAAGCUUCUGUCGCAAAUCCACCCUUACGAACCACCAGCAAAGAUCGCAUCCUUCGGGAUUUUUAACUCAUCUACCCUCGAAAGUUGCGAGCUCGGAGCAAUCGCCCGUGAAUGCAUCGACUCAAAACGGGAAUGACCUGUACAUCCUUGCGCAAUCGCCGUACUACUCGCAUUCUGCGACACCUAACCACGAGUUUUACUCGCUGCCAAACCUCCUGAUGAACUCAGUCUCUGUGCAUGAAGGCGCGCCUCCGAUUGUCACACAGAACGUGCCCGUUACCUCGGCCAUGCCCAUGCCGCAUGCCCCACAGCCUGCGCCGCUGCUCCAUCCACAACAGCAGCAGCAUCCGCAGCAUCAGCAGCAACAGCAUACGCAAAUGGUGCAGCAAAGCUACCAUACGACACCGCACACAAAUUAUAUGUCUCCCGAAUAUCACCAACCGGCAUUCCCAGGCCACCACGUACCGAAGGGACAGCUAAUGACGGUGGGAUACCAUCUUAAUUUCCAGUAUAAACUCCCAACCCGAAUCUUGAACCAACCGGAGAGGACUGACUGGGGUUUUCCUGGAGUAGGUUAUUAG